UGUUGACUUUGGAAUCGAUUAUUUCGAAAACAACUGUUUAAAAUAACUUGGUUUAAAAACUUUAAUUAAGUGUAAAAUUCUAGCUUUUGAAAAAGGUAUCAUUCAUAACUGUUAAUGUUGCCAUUGUUUUUUAAUAAUUUUUUGCUUGAUUUUUUAGAAAACUGCCCCUCCCGCCUAGAUGGGGGGACAUAGACCCUCCCUCCCAAGACCAAAAAUGAUUGUAUUGAAUACCUCUACUAAAAACCGUUUUCAAUUCUCGGCGCCUAAGUUAUCGUACUCGAGCCUUGCGUUGAUAUGAAUUUUACUCGAAAAAAACACGUUUAAGGGGGGUAUCUCGAAAAAGGAAGCUAAUCCGAUUUUGGUAAAAACGGAUUAUUAUUGCUGAGGCCUUCAGGAACAAAGCCUCAUCUUUAGUUUUUGUCGUCAUUUUAGGUCAACCUUAAACUUGUUCAGGCUCACUGUGCUCUAUAUUUGUUUGUAUUUUUGGUCUGAAAAACCCUGUUUUGUUGAUUUAAAAUUGUAAUAUUUUGCCAUCUAACUGCAACUUUAAAAACUUUUAUACUUUUUUGAAAACUACAAUAACAGGGCAACUUUUUAAAAUAAUAAACCAUUCUUACACCGUACAAAUUUGUUUUGCGGUGUUGUUCUCAAAUAAAAAUUAGAAAUUGAUUUUGUAACGACCAUCUUUAAUUUCUACAAUCAACAUUUAUAAAUCAUUCAUUUUACUUUAAUUAAUAUUUUACUUGUUCACUUGUUUCACUUUUAUAAACCAUUCAUUUCACUUCAAUUAAUAUUUUUACUUGUGUUUAUAUAAAUCAUUCAUGAAAUACAUUCAAACAACUUUACUACUUUUCACCUUCACUCAUGUUAUAAAAAGUUUAAUUUUCUAAUACUAAGUAAUGUAAAAGAGGCAACACUAAUUUUUAGUACUACAUCUGACAUUUAUAUAAAGCACUUCCAGCUUUUCAAUAAAAAACAUAAUGUUCUAAAAGCUUUUCCAAUCCUACAAAAGCUCUUCUGAAAAUUGUAUAAAAGAGCGACACCGAUCAGAACAAAUUCAAUUCUUCUCGGUAAGCCGAGGUGCGAAGUUAUCACAUAGCGUCCGCCUUAGCGAACUGAAAAGGGUUCAGCCGUAUUGGUGUUGUUGCACAUACACAUUGCUGCGACGUUUCACAAGCGUCCACAUGUGAAUGGGCAACCAUACCAAUACAAAUUCAACUGAUGUGCAUCUCGGUUGGUGUAGUGUGCGGAGUUUAUACUAAGCGCCCACACGAAGCUAAUCUGGACAGCAUAUACAUAUUUUUUUUUUUUUCUCUUUUGAUCGGCAAAGAGCAACUAGGCUGGUGGAGUGUGCGGAGUUUACACUAAGCGCCCACACAAAGCUUGUCUGGUUAGCUGUCAUUUUUUCAUUCUUCUUUUUCUUCUUCUUAAUUGUCAUGGUUGCCACAAAAGCUUAAAUAUAUAAUAAUUUGUAAUGAUUACCACCCUACUUAGUUUUAAGAUUGAGAUUCAAUAAAUAUUUUGUUAAUUUUUAGUAUUUUAAAUUAAUUGUUUUUAUUUCAAAGGGAAGAUAAAAUUCAUUUGCUACAUUGCCUAUUCAACGUGUACUGCGGUCUUCGGACAGCAUACAACGUGGUAGAGAGUUUAGCAAAGCAGCGUUGUUUCUAAUCCGUUUCUUUCAGUGUUAACCUCGCCCCAGAAAAGCAGAAAUCGUAAAAAUCCUAGCCGACAAUAACAACAUCUCACCAAUAUAAAUAAUUUCGCUACAAUUGGCACCCAACGUGGGGCACUGAGAAAUUUAUUUUAAACAAACAAAAACACAACAAAAAAACAUUUUUUUAAAUCGCCUUCGAAGAUCAGCACGCGUUUUUUUCAAAAUUGCUGCAUACUUUCUAAGAAGCAAACAAAAAUCAACUUCCGAAAUGGCACUCUCAUCAGAGCAGUUGAAAGAGCUCCUGACAGCACUAAAGCCAGAUGCUCAAACAGGUAGUUUCAGCAACUGCAUAACAAGAUUCAACGGUGAACGAGACAGCACUGUUGUAGAAGCCUUCAUUUCGACCAUAUCGAUAUACAAAGACAUCGAGGGUGUAUCUGACGAAGAUGCAAUGCGAGGGUUCCCGCUACUUCUUCAAGGCUACGCAGUUAACUGGUGGCAAGGAGUGAAAAGUGAAGUCAAGAAAUGGGAAGAUGUUCUUACUCUUCUCAGAAACGCAUUCGCACCUGUUAGACCUGACUACAGAAUUUACAUGGAAUUGCUCGAACAGAAACAGAAACCUAAUGAGCCCACCGAUGAAUUCAUAUGCACCAAGCGAGCCUUGUUUUCUCAACUGUCAGAACCCGUACCAAAAGAAUCUAUGAUGAUAAGCAUGAUUUUCGGAUUGUUAAACUUGAACAUCCGUGAUUCCGUACAACGAGAUAGCGUAGGCACAUUUGCCGACCUAUUGAACAAAGCUAGAGCUGUGGAGAUUUCCAACAAGGAAAGAACUUCUCAUCGUGUUCCAAAUGCUGAAGUUAAAAAGCGAUGCAAUUUUGCAAACACAUUGGACACACCAUUGACGAAUGCCGCAAAAAGGAGAAAUCCAGUUUGACCAAAGAGAAGGUUACCACAUUGCAACCAAAUAUCCACUGCUACAAAUGCAAGGCUCCAGGCUAUGUUAGAUCCAACUGCCCUAAUUGUAAGGAACUGCCAAAAGGUCCCUCUACAGUCUCCUUCAACUGUAUGAAGACAACUUUGGGAAAUAACCUACCCACAAUCACCAUCCAAUCACAUGGAGAAUCAGGAAUUGCCUAUGUAGACACCGCAGCCAGAACAAGCGUUGCCGGUCGUCAACUUUUUAUACACCUUAUGAAAAACGGCACCAAAUUCCAACAAAUCGAUGUGGAUGUCACACUUGCUGAUGGACAGGCCCGUCCACAAGAAGUUUUCAUGGCGAAAACUAAUAUUAUUUUCAGCAAUCGAUUGCGGCCGAUUACUUUUAUCGCCCUACCAACUGCCACUGAUAAUCGCACCUUAAUAGGAAUAGACUUCCUAGAAGAAAACGGUAUUGUCCUCGACUUGGGUCAACGUCUUUGGUACUAUGCUGACCAAACCCACAAGAAGUUCGACUUUUAUGACACGAGCAAUACCCGCAUUGUGAAGCCACAACUCGUCACCGACGUCAAAAUAUUGUGCCCCCCACAAACAACUAAAGCAGGACCCCAGGUGGAAGCAAGAGCGGCGGAACGCACGCCACUUGUACCAAGGUCCUCGCCAAUUUCCAAAGUAAGCGCCUUCCUGUCGUGGUUCAACGAGCGUAAGCCUAUUUCGCCUUUAGCAUCAACACCUAAAGCAAACAAUGGAAUCAGCAGCCCACUUAAAACCCCACUCAAAAGGAAGACCACUACUUCAACGAUAGCCAACAAUGAUUAUUCACCUGGUUUCAUCGAACAAAUCUUCAACAACUCCCUCAGAAGCACUGAUCUUACUCCAGAGCGAGGUCGAGAAAAUUUAUUUCCACCACCAACACAAGUCACUAAGGACUCUGAUCCAGACUCUUGGUUCACCGAAAUCAACUCAAUUGAUGUAAGCCUCCGAAGCAACGAAGCACAAGAGUUGUCACAAGCUGAAAAGCAAGAACUCUACCAAGUGCUAACAACAAAUAAGGGAGCAUUUAAUAAAAUCAAAAGCGCAACUCCAUACGCCACCCACAAAAUCGACACCGGAAAUCAUGAACCCGUAGCAGUUUCUCCGUAUCGAUUGUCACCAACUCGAAAAGAGCAAUUAAAACAAGAACGAAUCUUCAAGAGGUUGGAGACGUUCAAUCUUAAGGUGAACCGAAAAACAUCAAACUUUUGCUGUUCCACCGUCAACGGAAUUCAAGUCGAUCCUGAAAAGGUGACAGCUAUAAUCAAUAAUUAAGAACCCAGAAACCCAAAACCAGUUUUGUUUGCCAUAUGGAAUUGGGAUACAGAUGAAAGAGACUCCUUUAAAACUCUUGAAUCACUCCUCAUUACCGCACCUAUAUUGCAGCAAACAACUGAUGACCUACCAUUUCGCCUAAAAAAAACAAAUGCAAGCAACUAUGUCAUCGCAGCAGUUCUUGUCCAGGGGGAGGAAUCAGUUCCACAUCCCAUGUUCUUCACAAAUCCUCGAAAAACAAACUUCAAAAUGUAUUAAAUACAAUACAAUACAUACAAUAGUAUUAAAAACGAAACCAUCCAUUUGUUAUCGUCAAACAACUCGGGGCAUCCACUUAUCAGAUUGCCUCAAGUUUAUGAUAUCACCACACCAUUGGGGACCUAUCAUAUAUCCUCAAUAUCGAAAUAUCCUAACGAAACACUCACGAACAACCAAGUCAACCACUACGAAAGCUGGUCGUCCCAAGAAGUCUUGUCCUGUCGUAUCAUCGGGACGAUCUCUACGACAGAGGGGGAGAAUGUAACGACCAUCUUUAAUUUCUACAAUCAACAUUUAUAAAUCAUUCAUUUUACUUUAAUUAAUAUUUUACUUGUUCACUUGUUUCACUUUUAUAAACCAUUCAUUUCACUUCAAUUAAUAUUUUUACUUGUGUUUAUAUAAAUCAUUCAUGAAAUACAUUCAAACAACUUUACUACUUUUCACCUUCACUCAUGUUAUAAAAAGUUUAAUUUUCUAAUACUAAGUAAUGUAAAAGAGGCAACACUAAUUUUUAGUACUACAUCUGACAUUUAUAUAAAGCACUUCCAGCUUUUCAAUAAAAAACAUAAUGUUCUAAAAGCUUUUCCAAUCCUACAAAAGCUCUUCUGAAAAUUGUAUAAAAGAGCGACACCGAUCAGAACAAAUUCAAUUCUUCUCGGUAAGCCGAGGUGCGAAGUUAUCACAUAGCGUCCGCCUUAGUGAACUGAAAAGGGUUCAGCCGUAUUGGUGUUGUUGCACAUACACAUUGCUGCGACGUUUCACAAGCGUCCACAUGUGAAUGGGCAACCAUACCAAUACAAAUUCAACUGAUGUGCAUCUCGGUUGGUGUAGUGUGCGGAGUUUAUACUAAGCGCCCACACGAAGCUAAUCUGGACAGCAUAUACAUAUUUUUUUUUUUUUCUCUUUUGAUCGGCAAAGAGCAACUAGGCUGGUGGAGUGUGCGGAGUUUACACUAAGCGCCCACACAAAGCUUGUCUGGUUAGCUGUCAUUUUUUCAUUCUUCUUUUUCUUCUUCUUAAUUGUCAUGGUUGCCACAUGAGCUUAAAUAUAUAAUAAUUUGUAAUGAUUACCACCCUACUUAGUUUUAAGAUUGAGAUUCAAUAAAUAUUUUGUUAAUUUUUAGUAUUUUAAAUUAAUUGUUUUUAUUUCAAAGGGAAGAUAAAAUUCAUUUGCUACAUUGCCUAUUCAACGUGUACUGCGGUCUUCGGACAGCAUACAACGUGGUAGAGAGUUUAGCAAAGCAGCGUUGUUUCUAAUCCGUUUCUUUCAGUGUUAACCUCGCCCCAGAAAAGCAGAAAUCGUAAAAAUCCUAGCCGACAAUAACAACAUCUCACCAAUAUAAAUAAUUUCGCUACAAUUUUUUAUAAAACUUGAAACUGUUAGCUAAUUUGCAGCAAAAUGGCGUAUGGAAUAAAAAAUACUUUAAUUAAUAAAUUGUUCCUUAUUGUUUGGUAAUGUUUUUGUAAAAGAGUUUUAUAAACAAAAAUCAAUAAUGGGCGUAGGAAGCAAAAACUGUUGCAAAGUAAAGAUUUUUCGAAAUUUCACGAGGAUUGCAUUAAAUCGAAAACCGUAAGAAUGUGGGAUGAACAAGUUACCAAAUUCUGUGACCCUUAAAGCUCCCCAAUCAGCAUAUUUCGUUUGAACCAUUAAGCCUCUAGUACGCAGAUCAGGAAAAAAAAACAAAUUUUAUCUCUACAAUUUUAAUCUCGACAAAACAUUUUGUAAUCCUGCGCAAAAUUUUGAAGUUGGAGAAAUUACCUAGGGUAAACUGCCCAAUCAUUGGCACCUUAAGCGAAUGUGGCACCAACUUUAGUUCGCAGUUUUUUCCGUAUAGCAUAAAACUAUUAUUAAUACUUUUUUUUUUAAUUUAUCAAUAAUAUCUCGUUUGCUUGGAAUAUGCAAAAAAGAUGCAAGAAGAGUGAAUUUUUAAACAAAAAAUAAAAAUAGUAGUUGUAAAUGGUUUUUAAACUCAAGGUGCCAAUCAUAUGGGGAGUGGCAACAAUAGAGAAUUUUACCCUAAGUCAAUAGUUUUUUUUUUCUUUCAAAUUAAAUCAUUUUUUUUUUGUUUUUGAUUUGAUUCUUUGUUGUUUUUGCUUCGUCUUCACUUUCCAAGUAUUUUAUUAAAGAGUCCACCUUGAUUUUGUUUGAAUUUUUUUUCAAUUUAGUUUUAUUUUAUUUUUUCUUGUCACAAUUUUUGCCGGCAAAAUAAUGCUUCGAACUUUAUCUGUCCGCGCAAAAUAAAGUGGAGACUUUUCCUUUACAGCGCACAGUGUGGUAAUUCGCCAAUCUGACUGGACAAAAUAGAAAAAAAAAAGUUUAGCCACAUGAUUUUAAAUCAUGAGUUGAGCUUCUCAAUACAAUGGGUAACUGUAAUUCGUGUUUGGUUUUUUUGUUUUCAUCUCGGAUUAGCGUAAGCUAAGCUUGAAAGUUGGUUCUUGUCAACAGUUGGAUGGAGAUAAUACAAAGUAUUCUAUUUUUCGCUUGAGUUUGGUUGACGAUUAAAAACGCUGUGGUAGUUUUUUUGUUGUAAUUAUUUUUUUUUAAUUGUUAAUCUACAUUUGGAGGUAAAGAAUUAUAAUUUUUAUUUAUUAAUUACCAUUGCAACUAUUUAAAAAAAAAAUAAAUUCUGUAAGAAGGCUAGGAAGUGCAAAAAAAAAAUAUCUUUGUUUUUCAAUUAGAGGUAAAGUUAAUUUUUCCGCAUUUUUCCGGUCUGAAAUUAAUUAAUUAAUGUAUUGUGGAGUGUUGUCAUUAAGAUUAGCUAUUUACAUGUCUCGCGUUUUCUCGACCGCCAUACAACUUUUUUCACUUUUCAAAAUGAAGUCAAGAAUUUCAAAAAAACAAAUUUUCGAAAAAUGUGUCAAAACUGCCAAAUAAGAUCGAAAAUACAGUUUUUUUGAUCUUUUAAUGAGCAGGUAUCAUCUUUGGAACAUUUUUGACAAUAAAUAAAAAUUAAAAACAUAUAUAAAAGUUUUGUGCUUCAAGUUAAGCGAAAAAAAGACAAAAAAGGUGGAUGACACUUUGGACCGCUCUUUAAACAUGAAUUUCAUUUUGCUUGACCAAUAUUAUGUGGUAACUAAAUGAACAAAAACAGUAGAUAGUGAAACAAAGAAGAAAAGAAUUUUUAAAAAUUAAAAAAACGGGAAAAAUACAACAAACGGAAGGUUAAAAGUGCACCUAUCCAUUAGAAAUAGUUAAAAUCAGUAGAAUCGCUCUCCGCAAAAUUGAAAAAGCAUAUUCCAAUAAAACCGUAAAGGAUUUAUCGAAAUUUUCUUUGAGUGAAGGAUCAAAAUGUAUAAAAGAUUAAGUUCUGAUCCUCUGGAACCACUUAACCACUGGAAAUUUCAACUAAUGAAGCAUUAUCAUUGAUGAAUGAUGCUUUUCUGUCGGAACACCUAAAACAAGUUCAAUGUAAAAAGCAAGCAAGUGUAAAAGGCCAGAAAUAGGGUCACGAAGAAAUUUAGAGAAUUAUUAGCUUGAAAAACAUCGAAGGUAAUAUAAACUAAACACAGCUGUUUUUAAUAGGCCCUUAAGUUUCAAGUUUGCAUCGCACAAAAAGGAGUUACUUUUUUAAAUUAUCUGCAGGUAUUUUUAAAGGUGAUGCCAUUUUUUAUGAUUGGGAAACAUAUUUUAUUAAAAUCAUUGCUAAAAUUUUAAUUUAAAGCAUGAUAUUGAGAAAAUAAAUCAUAUAUGUCACCUGUCAAAAACGUGUGUAACGGCCAUAUUAUUCACUCUGGAUAAGUUAAUUUUAAAUCCAAUCCAUUUAAUCUGAAUUUCAUAAAUCCAAGGAUUUAAUUUUUUGGUCAUAUUAUUCACUCAAAAAAAAAUUAUGUGUUUAUUCAAUAAAUUUUGUAUAAUUUGCAUUUAUCUUUAUUUUUCCUUCACAAAAUACGUGAAAAAACAACUGAGCACUGUUAAAAUUAAUUUUACAUCUGGAUUUAUAAAGUUAAACAGACCUCCAGAGAGCAGUUUAAAUUUGUUUGGAUUUAACGAGAUUGGAUUUAAAAAAUUGGAUUUAAGUAGUGAAUAUUAUGAAAUUGGAUUUAUUUUUGACAUUUGACAUUGUUUACAUCCAGAUGUAUUUUUUAAACUAGUGAAUAAUAUGGCCGUAAAAGUUCUAUUUCUUAAUAAAAACUAAUUAUUCUGCCUCUCUUUUUUCGUGAAUAGCAAUACAGUUUUUAUUUAUUGAGAUUUUUCAAGCGUUUUUUAAAAUAAUUAAGUAUAUCCAAUCAUAGAUUAUGUUUACGGAAACAUAAAUUCAAAAAUGCAAUUUCUUCACUUUGACCCACUUUUUGAAGAAAUUAUAGAUUUCUAUUUAAAAAAUCUUUCUUUUUAUAGAAUUUUAUCUAUUCACAUUCAUUUGUUUAAAACUGUUUAGAAAAAAAGUCGAUUUAACGCGAGUUAUUAAUUUUGUCCACCUAGAUUCGUGAUUGGCCACACUGUGCAGCGGCUCCAAAUAUUUAAAUUUUGCGCGUGAAUAUUCAAGACAAAAUUUGUCCCGAGAAAAAUUUUGUAUGAGAAAUAAAUUUUUUCCCGAUCUGCGUACUAGGCUUUACUUUUGAGACACCUUGUAUAACCUCAAAAUUACACUGGUCAACAAAAUUUGACUUUUUUUUUGCCACAAGAACGAAAAUAUACUUUUCUAGUAUUUUUCGGGGUGCUGAAUCCGAAUCUGAAGUCAGAAAAAUUUGAUUGGCCUCCGUUUUUGAAAUAUUACCGUUAUAAAAUGCUAAAAAACGUCAUUUUGGCUGUUUUCGAGGUUCUGUUUUUAUGUGGGGUAAUUCAUUAGAAACAAAUUAUUAACGGUUAUUAUAAGAACUGAUAUUCUACUUUCAAAAACUGUUUAAAUUUUCCCGAUAUCUCUUUUAUUGCUCGAGAUAUCUUAAAUUUCAGUUAAUAAGCCAAAGAGAAACUAAACUUAAUUAAAAGAUUAAGUCUCUGAUCACAGAAUUUUUGCCACAAGAACCAAAAUAUACUUUUCUGAAGGUUUUUGGGUUGCUGAGCACGAAUCCGCAAUCAGAAAAAUUCUAUUAGCCUCCGUUCUUGAAAUAUAACCGUUAUAAAAAAAAACCUUUUUUUUGCACUUUAUAACGGUAAUAUUUCAAGAACUAAGGCUAAUAAAAUUUUUCUAAUUGCGGAUUCGAGCUCAGCUACCCAAAAACCUGCAGAAAAGUAUAUUUUGGUUCUUGUGGCAAAAAAAGUUUAAUUUGGUUGGCCAGUGUUGUUUCUGAUUCAAAGACCGCUGCUUAAAUUUUAAAUAUCUCGGGCAGUAAAACAGAUAUCGGAAAGAUUUAAACAUUUUUUGAAAGAAUAAAAUCAGUUCUUAUAGCCACCGUUACAAAUUUACUCACAAUGUAUUAACCCACAAAAAAACAUAACCUCGAAAGCAGCCAAAAUUACGUUUUUUUACAUUUUCUAACGGUAAUAUUUAAAAAACCGAGGCCAAUAACAAUUUUCUGACUUCAGAUUCGAGUUCAGCACUACUGGAAAAGUAUAUUUUGGUUGUUGUGGCAAAAACCUUGUUGACCAGUGUUAUUGACAAAAAUGCAAAAAUACGGUUUUUUAAUUUUUUAUUUUUAUCUUUUACAAAAAUGAUUGGAUUGGUAAUAUCUCAAAAACGUGAUGUGAUAAAAUUUUUCGGAAUUCGGAUUCGAGUUCAGCGCGCAAAAAACCAUUGGGUUGAAAAAUAUACUCUGAUUUAUAUAAAAAAAACUUUUUGACUAGUAGAACGUACAGGGCAGAAAAAAUCGAAUGCCCUGUUCGAUUACACUAGUCAAAAAGUUUUAUGUAUAUAAAUCAAAGUAUGUAUAUUUUUUUAAUGUUUUUUUGUGCGCUGAGCUCAUAUCCGAAUUCAGAAAAAUUUUAUCACAUCACGUUUUUUGAGAUAUUACCAUGCCAAAACAUCACAAAAAUAGUGUUUUGGACGUUCAAAAUUCAAUAUCUCUAAAACUUUGCACUUUAGGUCUAUUCUACUGCUAGAUUCAAAUUAAGAAGGUGAAAGGCCAUUAGAAAUUAGUAUAAUUUGGUUUUUAUGGAAAAAUAUUUUUCUCGCCAAUAUUACUGUCAAUUACGGAAAAAUCGAUCUCAAAAAUCGUUUGUUUGGUUUUUUCAAUUUUUCUAAAUAUUUUCUUAAUUAAAAGUAUAGUAUUUUUGCAUUUUUCUCAAUAAUUUUAGGGUUAUAUAAAAAAAUUAUUUGAGUAAAAGUUGUAGAUAUUUUUACUAUCUACAACUUUUGUAUAUAACUUUUUUCGAUAGGAGGUCUACUUUUGACAUAAAUCGUAAAAAACCACGAUUUUUGACACCCACCCCACUUUUCCUCCAACCCAACCACUUUCCCCCAAUGUGUUUGUGGGCAAUUUAUUUUUCCCCUUUCAUAUACUAUUUAUCCUAAAUUAUCCAACCAAUUUGUUAAUAGUUUUUUUUUUUCAAAAAUUAUUGGCACUGGUCUAUUGUUGAAGAAAAGACUUAUAAAUUUUUUUUAUCCAUUAAAGUUUUUUAUUGUUAAAAAAUAUUAAAUUAAAUUUUUGUUUGUAUAAUUAGGUACGUGGACUAAUAUUGGUAGUAUAAAUGCAGAUAAGAAGGGGUUAAGUGAGAAAAAGUAAUUUUGUUUAUUUAUCCACAUAUAAUUAAAUCAAAUAAGUAAUCUUGCAGAAACAUCAUCUAGAACAGGAAUGGCGAACCUUUUUAGAGCCCCGUGCCAUUUAAAAAAAAUAAAUUAUUCCAAGUGCCUUUGGCGUGCCAUACAUUUUGAUCUAGUUUUUUAGUGACUACUUGAAGCAAAAAUACAUUAUUUUAAACUACGCAGCAUUCUUUUUGUAAACAUAUUAAUUUAUGUUUGAAACUCAGUUUAUAAUUCAUUUUAGUCGGUCUCUUAGUCAGUAUGUAUACAAAUUUAUGAAAGUGCGCACACUACAACGAUUAAGUAUCGGCCUAUGAAAAAGUUUGUUUAAUCAAAAAAAAGUUUGUUUUGCUAUACAAUUGCCUUCAAACUAAAAAACUAGGAGCCCAAACCGACUAAACUAUCGGCCGAUAGAAAGUCUGUAGUAGAGCCUACUAUUGCACGUGUAUUAAGGUACACGUGUUACACGUGUAUUUAAAUUAUUCGUGCCGAAGCACGUGUAUUUGUAAAUACACGUGUAUUUAUAUUUACACGUGUAUUUAUAUUUACACGUGUAAAUAGCAUUCGAACGUAUAGAUUUUGUGGCGAUUUCUUAAAAAGUGCAUUAUAUUGAAUAAAAAGGUUAUUUUUCAGGUUUUUGCGUUUAUUGGCUUGAUUUACACAUUGACAUUGCUCGCAAAAUUUAAUUGAAAAUUCUUAUUCAACCCACAGUUUGGUUAUUUGUCAUUAUUCACUCCUUUAAUUAACUUUUUUGUUUACAGAAACUUUUGAUUGUGAAAUCGAAUGUUUAAGGAAAAUAUACUAAAAAUAAUAAAGUUGUUUUAUUAUUCAAACGCUUUUAUUAGCUUUGUUUGUAGGUAACUAACAAAGCAACUAAAAAACCAUAUAAAUAUUGGAAAACUAUUUUUACCCGAUUCCCAAUAUCGUAUCGAACUCAGGGGCGUAUACAGGUUUGCUUCUUGGGGGGGGGUCAUGCCAAAUUUUUUUUUUUUUUUUCAAAAGUUUUGAUAGCAGGCAUAAACCUGAAAAUGAGCUUUUUGAAUUAUUAAACAUUAAAAUUUGUGCGUCUUGCAUUUCGAUCGAAAAGUUCCGAAUGUAGUUCUAAAAAUAACCAAACAAAAACGGUAUGAGAUUCGUUUAAGUUUAGCGUUAAGCCUUAAAGCCUAGAACGCUGCUGAUGUGAAACGAAAUUUUUCGUCGGUCUCCACGAGGACAACGAAAUGCUUGCGAAAUCUGGACCGAAAAAUACGCAAAAAUUGCAAAACAUAAAUGAAAAAUGACAAUGAACAACAAAAACAAACAAAAAAACUCAAAAUGUCAUUUUUCCACACACAAUGAAUGUCCCCGGCAAUUGUUUGUGUGCGAAAAAGAAGUUUAGACUUUCAAUUUCGUUGUGCCGAACAGGGUACUACAGAACGAAAAGUUGAACGAAAUUUUUGGUUUACCAUUUCGUUGUUUCAUUUUUGUAUGGGAUUUUUCGUUUCUUAUCAGCAGCGUACUAGGCUUUAAUUUUGACCAAUUGAGGCUAUCCUCUCCUAAAAAUAAAAUGUACUGUACGAGUACUUCGAUUGAAUAAUUUGCCUUAAAACAACUGUUCAUUGUUUUCCGCUAGCCCAGAAAGUUAAAAUAAAAAUCGUUUUUAAUUAAUAACAGUUUUAAAAGUCUUCCUAACCUCAGGCAAACGAAUCGCAAAGUUUAAAAAAAAAAUUGAAUUUGAAAAUAUAAUUUUUUUUAAAUUUUGUUUUAAAAUUGUAUGGGAAUUUAAAAUACCUCUAUUAAAAUGGUAAAGACAAAACAAAUAAUUUUGGCGAUAUUUUGGAAUUCGUCCGUUUUCAGGUAUUAAUCAGCGGCUUACAAUAUAAAAAAAAUUCAGUUGUAUUUAUUAGAUUAAGCCCUGCUUUUCAAUCGUCAGAUAGACUAUCAGAAGAAUAAAUGUCACUAUAAAAAAAAACUUUUAUUCCUAGGAAUAAGCUCUAACUUAGGUUUAUCUAACUAUUCAAAAAAUUAGCCCUAAGUGAUAUUUAAUAAUAAUAUUUAAAUUGCCUUAGAUAAGGUUGCUUAUAUUGCUUCUAUAAUUGGCUGGCCAUUGAUGAUUAACAAAUCGAUAGUUGUUUCAAAAAAUGCAACAGAUCUAGCAAAUUAAGUAUGUACAAAAUACUGUUAUAUUCUGUAAGCAAACAAAAUUCACCAAAUUUUAUCAGACGAAUGUAUUGAACUGGAACAUUGCAAAAAACUAAAAAGAUUUGAGAAAUGAUAUCCUUCUUUAACAUUUUGCCGAUGACGAAUUUUAUCAACAGAAUUGACCUCCACACAGCAAGGCCACAGAAAGCUUCCCUAUUUAAAACAUAUUUUAUUCACUUCUUCAUAUAAAAAAAUAGAAGAUAUGGCUGCUUCUUUUAUUUGCUGGUAAGCAGUGUUUUGCCCUUAAGAUAUUAUUUUUGUUUACCUACCAGAUUCAAUUUCUUUUAAAAAGCUUUGAAUAUAAUACUUAUCCAGGUUUUGUUUCCAUACAAGCUCAGCUCAACUAAUAGUCCAAGAGCUAGUGGCACAUUUGACUAAGGUAGCUCUUGUAAGGCUGAACAUUCGUACAGUGGUAGUUUUUAGCAUGCUUAGUAAGAAAAUCUUGGUCUGGCAGGCCUCAGCGGUGCACAUCAUAUAUAUAUAUGACCUUGAAAGUGUAAUUUUCAACUUUUUUUUUGCCCAAAAUUUGACUUUGAAAUCGAUUAUUUCAAAAAGUAUUGGUGAAAAUAACAUGAUUUAAAAACUAAUAUAAAGUGUAAUAUUCUGCCUUUUGAAAAAUGUAUCACUCAUAACUGCAGGUGUUGCCGUCGUUUUUAAAUAAUUUUUUUUUUAUUUUGAGUUACUUUUUUAGAAAAUUGCCCC